AGACAAUGCAAGGGGUGAAGGGGACCAUGGAGCUACUCGCUACACCCCCAUUGAGCAACACCCACAUUUACUUGCAAGCAUCAGAGAAGGAUGAAGACGACCCUUAACCUAUCAAUAUGUCAUUUCGCAGGAGCUACUCGCUACCAACACGUCCCCUAAUUGGUCUGCCCAUCCCGUUGUGAGGUGCCCCAUCCAGAGAAACCUUUGUUUUUAUAUAAGAGCAACUCUUAGGUGGAGGGUUGGCAAGGAGUGUCAGAAAUCAGAAUGGAGCCUCAGCAAGUCGAGCUCAGCCACUUGGACGGCCGGGACGCCAGGCCAGGCACCAAUGGUGGAAGAACAGGUGAGGUGUUUCUUGCCUAGUUCUUGACAGAAAUCUGACGAAUUCUUCAUCCAGAGAAGGAAUGCUAUCAGCGUGAAGCCUGCAAAAUAGCACUUUUUAUUCAGCAGAGGAGGAGGUAGACGACUGCCCAAUCGAGGAGGUCCGGCUCACCGUGCCCAUCACCGACAACCCGGCAUUGCCGGCGCUGACCUUCAGGACAUGGUUCCUGGGGCUCAUCUCAUCGUCGUGCUGCCGCUCGGCAAGCUGAUGGCCGCCUGCCUCCCCACGAAGGCCGUCAGAAUCAGGGGCACCAAGUGGUCCUUCUCGCUGAACCCGGGGCCGUUCAACCUCAAGGAGCAUGUCCUGAUCACCAUCUUCGCCAACACCGGCUCCAACUCGGUGUACGCCGUCGGCAUCAUCACCAUCGUGAAGGCGUUCUACCACCGGGAGAUCCAUCCCCUCGCCGCCAUGUUGCUCACUCAGACCACCCAGUUGAUGGGAUAUGGCUGGGCUGGCCUCUUCAGAAAGUUCCUUGUGGACUCCCCCUACAUGUGGUGGCCUGCAAACCUGGUGCAGGUUUCCCUCUUCAGAGCUCUGCACGAGAAGGAGAAGAGGCCGAAGGGAGGGACGACGAGGCUGCAGUUCUUCCUCACCGUGCUGAUCACGAGCUUCGCCUACUACAUUGUGCCCAACUACCUCUUCCCGACCAUCUCCACCAUCUCCCUGGUCUGCCUGGUGUGGAAGAACUCCGUCACCGCGCAGCAGAUCGGCUCCGGCGUGUACGGCCUCGGCGUGGGCUCUUUCGGGCUCGACUGGGCCACCGUCGCCGGGUUCCUGGGCACGCCUCUGUCGACGCCGGCUUUCGCCAUCGUGAACAUCAUGGCCGGCUUCUUCCUCAUCGUCUACGUGAUCGUGCCCGUCGCCUACUGGACCGACGCGUACGGCGCCAAGCGCUUCCCCAUCAUCUCCUCCCACGUGUUCAUGGCCAACGGCAGCCGGUACGACGUGAACAGGGUGCUCGACCCGGCGACCUUCCAGUUCAGCCAGGCCGGCUACGACGGCGCCGGCCAGAUCAACCUGAGCAUCUUCUUCGCCUUCACCUACGGGCUCAGCUUCGCGACGCUCGCGGCCACCCUGUCCCACGUCGCCCUCUACCACGGCGGGUCGAUAUGGGAGCAGACCAAGGCGACGGUGCGCGCGCAGGCCGGCGACGUGCACACCAGGCUGAUGAAGAGGAACUACGCCGCCGUGCCGCAGUGGUGGUUCCAGGUGAUGCUGGUGCUGGUGCUCGGCCUCUCCGUCUUCACCUGCGAGGGCUUCGGCCGGCAGCUGCAGCUCCCCUACUGGGGCGUGCUCCUGGCCGCCGGCCUCGCCUUCUUCUUCACGCUCCCCAUCGGCAUCAUCACCGCGACGACCAACCAACAACCUGGGCUGAACGUGGUGACCGAGCUCAUCAUCGGGUACCUGUACCCGGGGCGGCCGCUCGCCAACGUGGCGUUCAAGACGUACGGCUACAUCAGCAUGUCCCAGGCGAUCAUGUUCCUGCAGGACUUCAAGCUGGGCCACUACAUGAAGAUCCCGCCGCGCUCCAUGUUCAUCGUCCAGCUGGUGGGCACGGUGCUGGCGUCGUCGGUGUACUUCGGCACGUCGUGGUGGCUGCUGGAGAGCGUGCCCAACAUCUGCGACCCGGCGAGGCUGCCGGAGGGGAGCCCCUGGACGUGCCCCGGCGACGACGUCUUCUUCAACGCGUCCAUCAUCUGGGGCGUGGUCGGCCCGCUGCGCAUGUUCGGCCGGCUGGGGCGCUACGCCAGGAUGAACUACUUCUUCCUCGCCGGCGCGCUGGCGCCGGUGCCGUUCUGGGCGCUGUCCCGGGCGUUCCCGGGCAGCGCGUGGGCGCCGUGGAUCCGCCUCGUCAACAUGCCCGUGCUGCUCGGCGCCACGGGGAUGAUGCCGCCGGCGCGCUCCGUCAACUACCUCAUGUGGGGCGCCGUGGGGCUCGCCUUCAACCACGUCGUCUACCACCGCUACAAGGGCUGGUGGGCGCGCCACAACUACGUGCUCUCUGCCGGCCUCGACGCCGGCGUCGCCUUCAUGGGCAUCCUUUCCUACGCCAUGCUGCAGUCCAGGGGCGUCAAUGGCGUCGACUGGUGGGGGCUGCAGGUCGACGACCACUGCGCGCUGGCGAGGUGCCCCACGGCGCCGGGAGUCCGCGCCCCCGGCUGCCCCGUUCACUAGGCGUCAUCAACUAGUAGCGGUUGGUUAGCGGUGUAGCAGUAGCAUUCUACUAUUAAUCUCAGUCAGAAAAGAUUAGUAGAAGGAAAAGGAAACAACGCAUGCAAAAGGCAUGCUCAAAUGUCCAGUUUGCUAGUACAGCAACUACUAUCUGUUCUAUUCGAUAAACAACUAUACAAAAAACCUAAAGCAAAGCUAGUUUGUUAAGACACGUGCCUUUUCUUUCUCA